CUUGCCAUUGCUCUCUAACUCCCCAUGCCUUUCCUUUAUCAGCUCAAAGUACCUUAUUGAAAUAGCGGUCGCGUCAUCCCCAAUGCUCAGUUUAAUAACCGCCAGAUUCCGUUGCCUCGCCAUCCCAGCACCCGGUCGCCCCCCUUCUUGAUGAGCGGGGAAGGAGUCGACCAGUUCGCCACUUAUUUUGCCCACCUUCAUCCUAUGGACAACACCGAGUCCAAUGCAUCAAGAAUCGUGGCUUCUAUGUCGGGUUUGGCGGCAAUGUCCCUCGCCUUCAUGACGCUGCGGCUGUCCUGCAAGAAACACUACGGAAAGAUAAUCGGCUGGGAUGAUUACAUCCUGGUAUGCUCAUGGAUAUUUCUCGCUGCGUAUGUCGCGCUCUCCAUCGCGUCGACGAACUACGGCGUCGGGCGACACCUCGAAACGCUCGGUCCUGACGAGCUCACCGCGUCGGGGAGGCUGCUCUACGUCGGAGAGUUCUUCGCCAUCAUCGCCGUGGCAGUCAGCAAGACCUCCUUCGUCGUCACGCUCUUCCGUUUCGCCAACGAGCGGUGGCACAGGAUCCUGCUCUGGAGCGUGCUCGCGACGGUCAAUCUGGUCAUGUGGUCGUGUGCCGCCCUGCUGCUCGCCCAAUGCCAACCGGCCGAGAAGCUGUGGAACUCGGCUGUGGAUGGUCGCUGCUUGCCGCCCCGGUUCUACAUCUUUUACUCCGUUUUCGCCGGCGCCUGGUCCGCUGCGAUGGAUCUCGUCCUGGCCAUCUUCCCGUGGUUCUUGCUCUUGCCCAUGAGAGGCAUCAAAUGGGUCGAGAAGAUUGGCGUCGGCAUCGCGAUGAGUCUCGGUGUCUUUGCCGCCACUACCGGCGUCGUCAAGACGAUUAUGCUUCGACGGGUUCCGCCUCAUUCGGACUUUACCUAUAUCUCCGCAGACCUCCUCAUCUGGGCCGCCGCGGAAUGCGCCGUGAUCAUCAGCGCCGCUUCAAUCCCGUUCUACCGUUCAAUAUUCAAAUCGAUUAGGGAGAGGACCUGUCCGAGCAGGGGCGAUGAUGCCUCGGGCUUCGAGAUGGACCUCCAAGUUGUCCGACCGGGGGAAGGCAGCCUGGGUGUUCAGAGUUCCCGCGACAUAACGGGGAAUGCGGCCAGGGAUAGCGGUUUUACAAUCAGUACCGGAACGAGGAGUAAUGAGAUUAUAUCUAACACUGUGGGUAACCAUGUCCCGCAGCACAAGGUCAACAAGGGCGAGGACAGACCAUAUUAAAAUACAGUCUUUUAUGGGGUAGCGACUUUCUGAGUUAUCUGGCGAGUUGGAGGUAAGACCAGCUGCUUCUGCCGUC